CGCAGCCUGCCCGCCGGCCUGGGCUCCCUGAGCCUGGUGAACGGGACCUUCUCCGAAGUGAAGGACAGGAUGUUUUCUCACCUGCCCUCCCUGCAGCUGCUCUUGCUGAACUCCAACUCCUUGACUGUUAUACGAGAUGAUGCCUUUGCUGGUCUCUUCCAUCUAGAGUAUCUAUUCAUUGAAGGAAACAAAAUUGAAACUAUUUCAAGAAAUGCAUUUCGUGGCCUUCGAGACCUGACUCACCUUUCUUUAGCCAAUAACCAUCUCAAAGCUCUGCCAAGGGAUGUCUUCAGUGAUUUAGAUUCUUUAAUUGAACUAGAUUUAAGGGGAAAUAAAUUUGAGUGUGACUGCAAAGCCAAGUGGUUGUUUUUGUGGUUAAAGAUGACAAAUUCCACUGUUUCUGAUGUCCUGUGUAUUGGUCCAGCAGAAUAUCAGGAUAAGAAGUUAAAUGAUGUGACAAGUUUUGAUUAUGAAUGCACCACUACAGAUUUUGUUGUUCACCAGAUUUUGCCCUACCAGUCAGUUUCAGUGGAUACGUUCAACUCAAAGAAUGAUGUGUUUGUAGCCAUUGCACAGCCCAGCAUGGAGAACUGCAUGGUGCUGGAGUGGGAUCACAUUGAAAUGAAUUUCAGGAGUUAUGACAAUAUCACAGGUCAGUCCAUAGUGGGAUGUAAAGCCAUUCUUGUUGGUGACCAAGUCUUUGUGGUGGUGGCACAGCUCUUUGGUGGCUCACACAUUUACAAGUAUGAUGAAAGCUGGACAAAAUUUGUCAAAUUCCAGGACAUCGAAGUGUCUCGCAUUUCCAAGCCAAACGAUAUAGAGUUUUUUGAGAUAGAAAGUGAAAUGUUUUUUGUCAUAGCAGAUAGUUCUAAAGCAGGUUUGUCAACAGUGUACAAGUGGAAUAACAAAGGAUUUUACUCAUACCAGUCCCUUCACGAGUGGUUCAGGGACACUGAUGCUGAGUUUCUUGAUAUAGAUGGGAAAUCACAUUUAAUCCUCUCUAGCCGCUCGCAGGUUCCUAUCAUACUGCAGUGGAACAAAGCUUCCAAAAAGUUUGUCCCACACAGUGAAAUCCCCAACAUGGAAGAUGUCUUGUCUGUGAAGAGUUUUAGGAUGCAAGACAACCUGUACCUCACACUGACAAGAUACAUUGGUGACUCCAGAGUUAUGAAAUGGAAUAGCAAACAGUUUGUGGAGAUACAGGCUCUUCCAUCCCGAGGAGCCAUGACGCUGCAGCCUUUCUCCUUCAAGAACAACUACUACCUAGCCUUGGGCAGUGACUAUACCUUUUCCCAGAUUUACCAGUGGGAUGGUGAAAAGAUGAUCUUCAGAUUAUUUAAAGAAAUCUAUGUGCAAGCACCACGGUCUUUCACAGCUGUGUCAACCGAUCGAAGAGAUUUUUUCUUUGCCUCUAGUUUUAAAGGAAACACUCAAAUAUUUGAACAUAUCAUCAUCGACCUGAGUUUAUGAAAAGCUGCUGGAGUGAGAUUCAUGUAGAAUGGCAUUUAUAUACAAACAAAACAGGAAAAGACCUUUCAAAAAAUAGGGUGCACCUAUGAAGUAUGAUGACAUUUUCUGAACUUUUCAAAUUUGCAUAUUAAUCAGGGAUUGCAUUUACUUGCUUACUGCAUGACAUGUCUAUUUCAUCCUUUUUCAGAGAGACUCUUCAAUUUGAAGUCAUUCACAGGAGACUGCACUGCAUUAGGAUUAAUGUUGACAUCUAAGAGAAUGAGCUAAAUUUUACCCAGAAACCUACCUUGAAUUGAACAUCUCAUAAAGAAAGCAAAGAGCCAUACAAAGCGUAGAAAUUAUCUUGACUCUUAA